UAUGGAUCAACCAACAACUUCGAAUGUAUCUACAAUAACUCCAACAAUUACAACUAAUAUUAAUUCAACACAAUCAUCAUCUACUACAAAUACAACUAGUAUCAAUACAAAUCCUACAAAUAUUUCAAUUUUAAAUAAUUUACAAAAUAUUAUAACAACUCCCUCUUCAACACAACAGCAACAACAAACAAAUACAACAAAUAAUUUAAUACAAAAUACCCCUACAACAGCAUUAGUUCAACCAAUGAUUUUUAAUAACCAAACAACAUUAAAAUCUUCAACAACAAAUAUUUGUCAACAAAAAAUGAGAAAAGAAAUUUAUAGAUAUACUUGUGAGGAUAUGUUAUUUGCUGCUGCUUGGUCAAAUAAAAUAUAUGAAGAUAGAAGGUUUAGACUUGUAGUUGGGACUUUGUUAGAUGAAGAAAAAAUUAUGAAUAAUAAGGUAUUUAUUAUCGAAUUAGAUGAAAAUAUUGGAGAAUUAGUUAGAAGAGCUACAUUCCCUCAUGGAUACCCAAUAUCUUCAACAAAAUUUAUUCCAAAUCAGGACCCAUCACAGCCAGAAUUAUUUGCUACUACCUCAAAUUAUUUACGAAUUUUUAGAUAUCAUCCAAAUAGAGAUUUUAAUCAAAUUCCAAUUACAUUGGAGUGUGAAUUAUAUUCUACUAAUAAAUCAAACAUUUAUUCUGCACCGUUGACGGGACUUGACUGGAAUGAAGUAGAUUCUACAUUGCUAGCUACAUGUAGUAUUGAUACAACAUGUACUGUUUGGAAUGUUGAGACUGUUCAACAAAUUGGGCAAAUCAAGGCAAUUGAAGGUUCACAAAAAACCCAAUUGAUAGCUCAUGAAAAGCCUGUACAUGAUAUUGCUUUUGCAAAACUUGAUAGCGGUGGGAGAGAUCAAUUUGCUACUGCAGGUGCAGAUGGCAGUGUUAGGCUCUUUGACCUUCGUUCACUUCAACAUUCUACGAUUUUAUAUGAAGAUCCAGAAAAACGAAUGUUAAAUCAUGUAGCUUGGAAUAAACGUGAACAUACAAAAUUGGCAACCGUUGCACACGAAUCUUUUGAGGUUGUAAUUUUGGAUAUUCGAGUUCCUUGCAGACCUUUAGCUCGUUUUGGAAAUCAUAGAGGAUUCAUAAAUGGAAUAGCUUGGGCACCUCAUUCAACAGUACAUAUUUGUACAGCCGGCAGUGAUCGACAAGCAUUAAUUUGGCAAAUGAAUCAUUUUAAUAGAGAUGAACCGAUACUUGCAUAUACGGCUGAAGGAGAAAUUAAUCAAAUUCAUUGGUCUAAUAAUUUUCAUCAAUGGAUUAGUAUAUGUUUUAAUAAGAAUAUGGAAAUUUUAAGAGUUUAA